AUGGACUGCAACAGCGGAAGAUGCCAUGGUAAUGAUGCCGGCAACAAGGCUCAAGAGCUCGGACAUGCAGCCAAGGAAAAGAUGCAUGAUGCUGGUCGAGCUGUCAAGAACGCCGCCGAAAGAGUCGGAGACAAGGCUGAAGAGUUGAAGGAUCAGGCAAAAGCAAAGUGGAACGAAUCCAACCACUAA